CAGCCUCAAUUCUGGUACCUGGGGUCAAAUCGGUUGUAGUUAUUGACUCUCAGGGCACCCGCUGCCGGGUCCCAGUCCACCUUUGCUACUUCAUUCUCCUCCCAGCCCGCGGGCGCUGGGCUUGGGGGCGUGGCGCAUCCGUGACUCCGCCCUCGCUGAAGGGCCGCUGGGGACUGGUCGCCAUGGCGACGGGCUGUACACUACCACAGCUUCCCAGGCCGCUGGUGCUGGUUGCCCGCCUGUGCGUGGUCAUGGCCUCCCAGCAGUCGCGGUGCCACAGCUUCUCGUCCGCGUCGAGAUUACUGCCACAGCCUUCAGGAGUGACCAUGGAUGACUCCUUUCUCACAGAAGACAAAAGCACCCAGAAACACAAGCUUCCUCAGAAACGAAGGACACUGACUGGUCAGUUCUCCAUGGGUGGGCACCUGUCUCCGUGGCCCACAUUCACCAGUGGCCAGACCAUUUUGCAAAAUCGAAAACCCUGUUCAGAUGACUACCGGAUGCAAGCAGGGAGCUGCCAGCAACACCCCUUUCGUACUGCCAAGCCCCGGUUCCUGCAGAAGCUGGAAAACUACCUACGCAAGGAGCUCCUCCUGCUAGAUGUGGGCACGGAUUCCACCGAGGAACUGAGGCUGCAGCCUUACAGAGAGAUCUUUGAGUUCUUCAUAGAGGACUUCAAAACCUACAAGCCAUUACUAUCCUCCAUCAAGAAUGCCUAUGAGAGGAUGCUGGCCCACCAAAGGGAGACAAUUCGGGCUCUGGAGCCCUUGAAGGCCAAACUUGUCAAUGUGAAUGAGGAAUGCAACGAGAGGAUCCUGGCCAUGAGGGCUGAGGAGAGACAUGAAAUCUCCCUGCUCAAGAAAGAGAAGAUGAAUUUGCUAAAACUCAUCGACAGGAAGAAUGAGGAGAAGAUCUCAUUGCAGAGUCAGGUGACCAAACUGAGGAAGAACUUGGCUGAGGAAUACCUGCACUACCUCAGUGAGCGAGAUGCCCGCAAGAUCCUCAUCGCAGACCUGAAUGAGCUGCGGUACCAGCGGGAGGACAUGUCAUUAGCCCAGUCCCCACGCAUCUGGGGGGAGGAUCCGGUGAAGUUAACCCUAGCUCUGAAGAUGACUCGGCAAGACCUGACCCGCACGCAGAUGGAACUCAACACCAUGAAGGCCAACUUUGGCGACGUAGUCCCCAGGAGGGACUUUGAAAUGCAGGAGAAGACAAAUAAGGAUCUUCAGGAGCAGCUGGACAGCCUGAGAGCCAGCUACGAGGAGGUCCACAAGGAGCAUGAGAUCCUGAUGCAGCUGCACAUGAGCACACUGAAGGAGCGGGACCAGUUCUACUCUGAGCUGCAGGAAAUCCAGCGCACUUCCACACCACGGCCUGACUGGAGCAAGUGCGAAGAUGUGGUGGCCGGGGGCCCAGAGCGCUGGAAGGUGCUGGCUGAGGGCAAGAACAGCGACCAGCUGGUGGAUGUGCUCCUGGAAGAGAUUGGCUCGGGGCUUCUGCGGGAGAAAGACUUCUUCCAUGGUCUGGGCUACGGGGAAGCCAUCCCUGCUUUUCUUCGGUUUGAUGGCCUUGUGGAGAACAAGAAGCCAAGCAAGAAGGACGUGAUCAACCUCCUCAAGGAUGCCUGGAAGGAACGUCUUGCAGAGGAGCAGAAAGAGACAUUCCCAGAUUUCUUCUUCAAUUUCCUGGAGCAUCGCUUUGGGCCCAAUGAUGCCAUAGCCUGGGCUUACACUAUUUUUGAAAAUAUCAAGCUCUUCCAUUCCAAUGAAGUUAUGAGUCAAUUCUAUGCAGUCUUGAUGGGAAAGUGGAGUGAGAAUGUAUAUAUCACCCAGAAGAAGACAGUAGCCCAGCUGCUGAAGGAGAUGACAAAUGCUGACAGUCAGAAUGAGGGGCUACUAACCAUGGAGCAGUUCAGCACUAUCCUCAAGAGUACCUUCCCUCUCAAGACAGAAGAGCAAAUCCAGGAGCUGAUAGAAGCAGGGGGCUGGCAUCCCAGCAGCAGCAAUGCAGACUUGCUCAACUACCGCUCACUGUUUAUGGAGGACGAGGAGGGCCAGAGUGAGCCCUUUGUACAAAAGCUCUGGGAACAAUACAUGAAUGAGAAGAACGAGUAUUUACAGCAGCUAAAGCAGGAGCUGUACAUAGAACUCCAUGAGGAGGUGACUCUGCCCAAGCUUCGAGGGGCCCUGAUGAGCAUCGACCCCAGCCUGGACAAGCAGACUGUGAACACUUACAUAAGCCAGGCCUUCCAGCUCCCUGAGUCACAACUGCCAGAGGAGGGUGACGAGAAGGAAGACAGCAUUGUGGAAAUCCUCCAGACUGCCCUGGAGCGGCUUCAGGUGAUUGACAUCAGGCGUAUGGGGCCUCGAGAGCCAGAGCCUGCAAGCUAGGACCCUGUAGGCAGCCUUUGUACUCCAGUCCUGCUAAGCCUGGGCUUUUAGUAUAAAAGUGUUUGUCUGAAAA